AUGGACGCCCCCUCAACACCCUACAGCGGACUGCUGGCUUUUGCGGCUGGUGUGGCCAGCCAUCUAUUCUACUUCCGCAUUGGCGAGCAUCACAUGCUUCCAAUCGUCUAUAUCCAGUUAUUCGUUAUACUCAACAUUGCCAGCGCCGCAGCACUGGUCACCUCGCAAGGCUUAAGCUUCUCCAGCGCAGUAGCAGCAGUCUCAAGUCUCUCAGCACUCUGGCUGCUCGGCGUGUACACGUCGUUGGUCACCUACCGCCUCUUUUUUCACCCUUUGCGAAACUUCCCUGGACCGUGGCAGGCUCGCAUUGGAGACCUCUGGUUCUCGACCCGACUCAGCAAAGGCGAUGGCCAUGUCCAACUCACCGAUUUCCAUAGGAGAUAUGGACGCUAUGUUCGCAUUGGAUCCAACAGUCUCUCUAUUACCGAUCCUGAGAUGAUGCAAGCAGCAUAUGGACCCAACUCCAAAGUCGUCAAGUCCGACUGGUAUGACGGGGCCUAUCCCUAUCAUAGCAUGCAAACCACAAGGGACAAAGGCCUCCACGAUCGUCGACGGCGGGUGUGGGCUCCGGCGUUUAGCGAUAAAGCGUUGAGAGAGUACGAGAUGACAGUUGUGGAAUUCAACGACAAAUUUGUGAAAAAGAUCGAAGAACAGGAAGGAAGGACAAUAGACAUUCGUACCAUGUUCAAUCUCUACAGCUUCGAUGUGAUGGGCCGACUGGCAUUUGGAAAGGACUACGGAAUGCUUGAAUCCGGCAAACGUCACUGGGCACUGGAUCUGCUGGUAGAAGGCCUGGAAGUCGGCAUUUUUCGAUUUCCUACCUGGGUUAACAGGACUCUGCGCUCGAUUCCGGGCGCCGCCACGGGGUAUUACAAGUUCCUGAAAUUCUGCUCGGAUGAAUUGAGGAAGAGGGUGCAGGAUGGUGGCAAGGAGACCAACAACAAGGACAUUACCAGUUGGCUUUUGAAAGCGUAUGCCGGCGAGAAGCACCCGGAAGAAGAUGCAAUGCUGCAAGGCGACUCGCGCCUCAUCAUUGUAGCUGGUAGUGAUACUACCUCUGCCACGCUCACGCAUCUGUUCUACUACCUUGCAAUCGGCCCAGCGCAACAGGCAAAGCUACGGCAGGAAAUUAAGUCUUUGGUAAAAGAAACAGUGAUCGACAAAGACAUCCAGCACGCCGAUCGUCUUAAUGGCGCCAUUAACGAAGCCUUGAGACUGCACCCGGCAGUUCCCUCGGGCGUUGCAAGGAAGACACCGAACGAGGGAGUACGAGUUGGCGAUACAUUUAUCCCCGGCAACGUGACAUUCUACACGCCGCAGUAUUCCAUGGGCCGCGGUACGUGGCAACAACCUCGACCGAACAACACGUAUGCAUGCAUGCUGACAUUUGAUGCAGAUGCCGAUGUUUACCCUGAGCCCUUCUCAUUCGUCCCUGAGAGAUGGUAUUCCAAACCCGAGAUGGUCAAGCAUCCUGAUGCCUUCGCACCUUUCUCUAUGGGCUCUUUCAAUUGCAUUGGCCGCAAUCGUAAGCAACUCGCUUUAUAGUCCAGGAGCUUUGCAGAGGCUGACGAGAUACAGUUGCUCGAAUGGAGCUUCGAACAUUGACAGCCCAGAUCCUCCUGAACUACGAAGUGGCUUUGGCACCUGGCGAAGAUGGCACCAGGCUUCUUACCCAGACGAUGGACCAUUUUACAACUUCUCCCGGUCAGCUCGAUUUGGUCUUCACUCCGGUUCCAGUGUGA